AUGCGGAGACCGCCGCGCAAACUAAGUCCUUUCCACGGCGACUUCAAGUUCCCACAAGCACCACCUUCGCCCGAAAGUAAUACAAACCAGUCAACGCAACCGUCAACGGUAAACCAGUCCUCAGAAGCUGCCUCCAAAUCUGCUAUACCCGAACAUAUCAAUACAACCGUCGCGAACGGGAAGUUGGGGAUCGAUCAACCACGUUGUCUUACACCAGCAACAAAACUCUCGGCUGUCUCGGCAAUUGAAGGCAGCACCCGAAGCAGCAAUGAGUUUUAUUCACUUAGCAAUAAUUCGACGGAGACACUUGACUCCGACUAUAAACUCGUCUCCAUGAAUCGAGGUUUGCCAAGGCAUCGAAGACACCAUUCAAGCCUUGAACCAACUAGGAACGGUCGAGGCAAUGAUUCCCAAUCCCUCCUUAUGGGCUAUGCUCAGAUUAAUGCUUCGUUCACAGUUGAUGGCUCACUAUUAGACCAAUCUAUUUUCGAAGAAGUGAAACGCAAAGGUGUUGUUGGCCAUCAUGGCAAUGGAGAACGAACACCAAGACAGGCUAAGUCCAGAAGCGGAUUCUGGGGAAAUAUAGGGCUGAGCAACAUUGGUAACUCACUUGCAAGUUUGACAUCUACCGGAGAACUUGACGGGUUAAGGGAAAUGCGAGGGGCUUCGUCUUCUCACUCUAUACCCCUAUUAUCAACACCACAAUCACUACUUUUCGUGGACCUUCGUUUAGCCCCUGGGCAAGAGAAAUCAUUCUCUUUCUCCUUUACUUUGCCUCGCGGCCUGCCUUCAAGUCACAAAGGCAAGGCUAUAAAGAUUUCCUAUAAUUUGGUCAUUGGGACCCAGAAAGCCGCAACGAUUAAGGGGAACCAACGGCUACAUAAAAUAAAUGUACCAUUCCGUGUUCUUAGUGGAGUAGAUGCGCAGGGAGGUGUGCUGGGACACGACCUCAUGCAGCCCUAUGUCGUGCUACGAGAUGAAGCACGGGUGCAGAGUAUUGAUUCCGCGACUCCACGACUACCAGCGAAGGAAAAGAGCAUUAGCGCGAAGGCAUGGACAUCUGCACCCCAGUUUUUAUCAUACGUGGACGAAAUCCUAAAGCAGAGGGACCGACAAGACUCUCUUGCCUCUCCAUUAAUUCCUGGUCCACCACAUCUACGUCAUGACACACCAUUUUCGUGCAAGGACGCCAUCGACCUAGCAAUACUACGAAGUAACCAAUCCACCGCAUCAGAUCAAAGUGCCAACCGCUUUGAAAUAUCGCGCAGUGGCCGCCGGGUGGCUGUUAUCGUUCUCAACCGACCGUCCCACAGAAUCGGAGAGACGAUUGUAGCAACUGCAGAUUUUACAAAUGCAGCCUUACACUGCCAUUCUCUUCGUGGUUCGCUUGAAACACACGAGAAGAUCAAUCCAGAAAUUGCCCUUCGUUCACCUGCAAGCAUCACUCGCGCAACACGAAAGGUCCACGCUAUCUGUUUUGAAAAUACCCUCUUCUCUUCUAGGGUAGUGUUUACCCCAGCUAUCCCGGUUUCUGCAACUCCUACUCUUAUUACGUCCGGUGUAAGCGUUGAAUGGCAGCUUCGAUUCGAGUUCGUAACAAGUAGCCUAUCCGAUGUCAUGGAAAACCUAGGGGCUUCGGGGAUAGGUCUUUUGGAGCAGGUUGAGCGUGACGAAAGAGGCUCUGUGUUUGCCGCUUCUGAACACAUAUCUUGUGAAUCUUUUGAAGUCAGUAUCCCUUUAACGGUUUAUGGUGGGACCGUGCAAGAGCCCAGCCGAGAAGAUCUACAGGGAAUACCUAUAUAA